UGUUGUGACACAGAGCUUUGUUACACCUUUAAGAUUAUACCAGUGUCAGUGUUGCUGACUUGAUUUACUGUUAUUAAAAAUUUCAGUUUAGCGGAAAACUAAAUUGUAUUUACUUUGGAGACAAGAUGAAUUCUGCUGCAAGUUUUACAGCCGAACAGAUCAAUGAUGUCUCUGAGUACCUCUGGGAUAACAACCUAGACCUUGCAGAGGGAACACUACAUGUUGACUUCCUGAACAAAAUAAAAAGUCAUACCAUGAAAGCUGAACGCUUUGUCAAGUUCAUGCUGCAGGACAUCCUCUACCUGGAUGGGGUGACUACUAUACUGAAGGUGAUGAGUGAGAAGGUCACAGAGCCAGAGGACCUGAAAAAUUUCAUUGAAGGAAGAUACUCCAGUUACAAGAAGUUUAGGGACUCAUGUCUACAGAAUCUUUCCAUUAUGGAUCCAAAUUCCAUCAAACCGACGUCAGCCAUACAGAAGUAUCUGGAUACAUACAGAGAGGUGAUGACUGAGAGUGAUCCUAUCUACUUUGUGGUGGCCCUGCUGCCCUGCCCCAGAGUCUGGUCCUGGAUGGCUCAGAAUCUGCAAAUACCUGAAGAUUCUGCCCACUACAUCAGGAAAUCAGACAAUGAGGGUGGCCAAUCCGAGAAGUAUUACAAACCCAUUCUGAACAAGUACCUAAACACGGCAGAAAAAGUGCAGAAGGCCAGCGAUAUCUUCCGCAGGCAAAUGCAGAAUGAGCAUGACUUCUUUUACACUUCUUGAGCUAACAGCAGAAAUGCUGUCCUGGGGCUUUAUUACUUAAACUUCCUAUUUUUUGUCUUAAGAUCUGACAGGUCAAGAUAAGAUUUUUCACAAAUCAUAUAACAGAAACAAAUCUUAUCUUAAAUUAGGAAUCUUAUCUUUCAGAAUCUUAUCCCCAGUUAGGAAAUUUUAAACUAUUCAAUUGAUGUCAAAAAUCAACUGUCAUACCUGUUAGCUUAGCAACCGAUGAUCCACGCAUAGCUGAAACGUAAACACAUAAUCAAAAUAAUCAAGUUAGUUAACCAGACAUCUA